AUGGAGUCUACCGAGAAGAAGCAACCGAAAUCUUUUGAGGCGCUGACUCCUGAGCUGUCGCAAUGGAUAUUGGAGUUCACGCAUAGUAUGGGUUUCGCCCGGACAACGCCGGUGCAAGCCAUGGCGAUUCCGCUUCUGAUGGGAAAUAAAGAUUUGGUUGUGGAAGCUGUUACUGGAAGCGGCAAGACCCUGAGCUUUUUAAUCCCAAUGGUUGAGCGAAUACUCAAAGCCGAAGAACCCAACAAGAAAGGACAUGUACGAUCAAUAGUAGUCGCACCCACAAAAGAACUGGCCACCCAAAUCUACGAUGUGCUGAUGGGUCUUCUGAACUUCCACCCGCCUUCGGCAUCUAUUCUGAAGCAGAUGGACAAGCCAGAGCCAGACAGCGAGGACGAAGAAAUGCGGGAUGCUGAUGAGCCAGAGGUCCUACCAGGUCCAUAUGUCAUUCCUCAGCUACUGGUAGGUGGGCGGGCGAAGUUGUCCGAGGACAUUGCGAGCUUCUCAAAGAUCAACCCCAACAUUGUGGUGGGAACACCGAAGCGGAUCGUUGAAGUGCUGCAGACCUCCAAAGUAAUGUUGAAGAGGCAUUACUUCGAUCUCCUUGUACUUGACGAGGCAGAUCGGUUACUGGACCCCAAUUUUCAACCCGACUUGCAGAAGAUUCUCGAAAUCGUGCCAAAGGAGCGCCGCACAGGAUUGUUCAGCGCGUCAGUCUCGGAAGCAGUGAAUGAGCUCGUUCGGGUUGGCAUGCGAUAUCCGUUCAAAAUCAGUGCCAAAGUUCGGAGUAAGAGCGGCGCACUGGAUAAGCGCACUCCCGAGAGUCUCAAGCUCUACUCACUGAUCACGAAGCCUACGAUGAAGAUUCCCUACUUGAAAAUGAUCCUCAAGGAAAAUCAAGCCGAGAAGAGUAUAGUCUAUGUCUCGACGCGAGCGGGUGUGGACUACUGGAAUUAUGUGCUCCCCAAGCUACUGGGUGUGGCCGUUUUCCCACUCCACGGUGACCACAAAUCCGCCAUUCGUACAAAGAACCUGCAGCGGUUCUGUGACGCAACAACUCCGGCAAUCCUUCUCACGACCGAUGUGCUCGCACGCGGAAUUGACAUACCGGAUAUCGAUCUCGUGGUACAGCUGGACCCGCCUUCACAGCCCAAGGACUUCAUCCACCGUUGCGGACGUUCUGGUCGAGCCGGGAAGCGAGGCAUGGCGGUGACUUUCCUCAACGAAGGAAGCGAGGAUGACUACGUUAAAUACCUCGAGCUACAAGGGACAAAGCUCGAACCCUAUCCAACGACGUUCAUUCCAUCGGACGACGAGAUCUCGGCAAGCAUUCGCGACAUCAGAACCGCGUUGAAAGCAAAGCGAGAAUGGCAUGAUCGUUCUCAAAAGGCCUUUGUCAGCUGGGUCCAAGCCUACACUAAAACACUCCCUGCCGACAUCUUUAAUGUACGGAAGAUUGACUGGCCAGAGGUUGGCAGAUCAUGGGGACUAUUACGCUGGCCAAAGAUGCCAGAGUUGAAAAAGUUCUACCCCGAGGCCAGAGAGAACCGAAGUUUGAAUCUGGACCUUCCUACAGACUUUGACCUUAGUAGCGUGGCGUACGCCGACAAAGUGAAGGAGGCCAGGCGUCGGGAAAUUUUGGACGCCUUCGCGCGCGGCGAGAAACCGAAACUUCCCACCAACAAGGGAGGCGCGGGUGCAGAUGCCAAGAGGAGGAAGGAGAGCGCGUGGAGCAGCCAAAAGGAGGCAAAGGCGAUCAAGGAGGCGAGGAGAGAGAAGAAGGAUGUGCGGCGAAAAGCUGAGACCAAGGCACACAUGAGCGAAGCUGACAAGUUGAAGGAGAGGGAGCUGGAGGAGUUGAUCGCCAAAGUCAAGGCGAAAAAUGCAGCAGAAGAGGGCGAUGACAGCUUCGAGGGGUUUGAUUAG